AUGGGUAAGGACACUAUUGCUGAUAUAAUAACCUCUAUACGAAAUGCUGACAUGAAUAGAAAAGGAACGGUUCGAAUAAUAUCUACUAACAUCACCGAAAACAUUGUUAAAAUACUUUUACGAGAAGGCUUUAUCGAAAAUGCGAGAAAACAUCAAGAAAAAAACCAAUAUUUUUUGGUUUUAACUCUACGACAUAGAAGAACUAAGAAAGGUCCGUAUAGAAAUACUUUCCAUUUAAAAAGGGUCAGUCGACCUGGUCUACGAAUCUAUUCUAACUAUCAACGAAUUCCUAGAAUUUUAGGUGGAAUGGGGAUUGCAAUUCUUUCUACCUCUCGAGGUAUAAUGACGGAUCGGGAGGCUCGACUAGAAGGAAUUGGCGGAGAAAUUUUAUGUUAUAUAUGGUAA